ACCACUUCCAUGUUUUGAAUAUAAAAUCAACCUCAAAUUCGGCAAAAAUAUGAAAGUAUAAGUAAAAUGUAUAAAAAAAGAAUUAUCCUAUUUGCGAUCAUAACAAGAACGCUUAUUAUAAUCCUACAAUUUUUUAGUAACCUAUUAAUACCCGACCACGAUGCGGGUGUCUUCACAUAUCCUCGCCUCUCUUCAAACCAGUCCACUUACGACGUCUGGGUUCAAACAUCACUCGGUGGUUUCCUACGAUGGGACGCCCAAUAUUUCAUGCACAUUGCGAAAUACGGAUACACACACGAGAAUACUCUCGCAUUUUUCCCUUUGUAUCCUUUAAUCGUUAGAAUAAUCGCAUCACUGACAAGUUACUUUAUUACAUUCCUAAACGAAGACUCUCUACUCUUGAUCUCUUUCAUAUUUGUGAAUAUUGUGGUCUUUACAAAGGCCAGCGUUGAGCUAUACAAGUUAACAGCCGUAGUCUUGAAUGUCGAUUUAGCGUAUAAGUCUGCUAUGCUAUUUUGUAUCAACCCUGCGUCGAUAUUUUUUGUAGCCCCAUACACUGAAUGCCUGUUCAGUUACCUCACAUUUAAAUCUAUGCUCCAUUGUGUUUUUAUUUUUGAUAAAUACAACCGUAAGUUAAAUAACUACAUGAAGAUCAUUGUACCCACAAGUUUAAGCGCUUGUAUUCGAUCAAAUGGCGUAUUAAACAUUGGGUUUUUGAUUUAUUUUAUGGUACAGGACGGUAUUAGAAACAUAACGGCACCAAAAAGUCUCGUUAUGAAAUUAUUCACCUGUUUUAAGAAUGGAAUUUUGAUAAUCUGCGCGAUUUAUCUUUGUCUAAUACCUUUCGUACUUACUCAGUACUAUUUCUAUCAACAAUUUUGCACAGAUUUUCAACAUAAUUUACCAGUCUUUCUUAUCGACUUCAUUCAUAGCAACGACUACGUGUUUCCCGGCAUGAGGUCGUAUUACAAUCAAAGUUGGUGUCUCGAUAAAAUUCCACUUGCGUACUCGUACAUUCAAAGUCACUAUUGGAAUGUGGGAUUUUUGAAAUACUUUGAAUGUAAACAGAUUCCCAACUUUUUACUUGCCGCGCCUAUUGUGCUAUUUUUGAUGUAUAAUAAUUGCAAAUUUUUCGCCAUGCAUAAGCGUUAUUGUUUAAAUCUGGGCAUAUUCAAUUUUAACUUCUCUACCAGUAGAGAGAAAUCCAAGACUGUCUCAACUUUCAAACCAAAAAUGUUUGUGUUUAUUGUUCACGAAACUUUCUUAAUUAUUUUCUGCGUUUUUUGUAUACAUGUCCAAGUUACCACGCGAAUGUUAUGUUCUGCUAGUCCCGUCCUGUAUUGGUUCGCCGCAUAUAGCUUCAAAUACAUUAAGGAGCAUGAUAGCGGAAUUAGAAAUAUGUUUCUAUUUCAAAAGCAUGAUUUUACUCAGAGACUGAUUUUGUAUUAUUUUAUAGGGUAUGUAGUUAUUGGUACGGUCAUGUUCACUAAUUUCUUACCGUGGACUUAAGUGCCAUGCUGUAGUAUUAAUUUGUAUUUAAAUGAUUUUGUGUAUAUAUCUAGUGUAAUCUAGAAAUAAACAUUAUGUAACA